GCUCUUACUACCGGUUCUUAACUUUGUCUAAUUAUUCUCAAUUUAGUUUUUUUUUUUUUUAUUUUUUUUUAUUUUUUAUUUUUAUAUAUAUAUAAGAUCUCAAUUUAGUCUCUAAUAUAUUUUUUAAACACUUAUAUGAACUUGUCAAAAAAAAAAAAAAAACUUAUAUGAAUAAAAUUCAAUAAUAUCAUAAUUUAUUUUAAAAAAUAUUUAUAGAACAAUAGAUUUCCCAGAAACACGAACUAGUUCUUCUGUUUCGUUCUCUCUUGAUUUGUUUCUCUGAUCUCUGAAGAAUUCAUCAUGGCUGCAAAUUUCUGGGCAUCAUCACAUUAUAAGCAUCUUUUGGAUCAAGAAGAAGUGGAUAUGGUGAAUCCACUUGACAAAGAAAAGGGUGUCACACUUGAGGAUUUUAAGCUUAUCAAGAUGCAUAUGUCCAAUUAUAUUUUGAAAUUGGCUCAACAAGUAAAAGUGAGGCAGAGGGUUGUUGCUACUGCAGUUACAUACAUGAGGCGUGUUUACUCAAGGAAGAGUAUGACAGAAUAUGAUCCACGCCUUGUAGCUCCAGCCUGCUUGUACCUUGCAUCAAAAGCAGAAGAAAGCACAGUGCAAGCUAGGCUACUUGUAUUUUACAUUAAGAAAUUAUACGCUGAUGAUAAGUAUAGGUAUGAAAUCAAGGACAUACUUGAAAUGGAGAUGAAGAUUUUAGAAGCAUUGAACUAUUACUUGGUUGUUUUCCACCCCUACCGUUCCCUCUCCGGGUUGCUUCAGGAUGCAGGUCUGAAUGAUCUAAGCAUGACUCAACUAACUUGGGGGCUUGUCAAUGACACAUACAAGAUGGACCUAAUGCUUGUACAUCCACCACAUCAGAUUGCUUUAGCUUGCAUAUACAUUGCUAGUGUACUCAGGGAGAAAGACACCACUGUCUGGUAUGAAGAACUUCGUGUUGAUAUGAAUGUGAUUAAAAACAUAUCAAUGGAGAUACUUGAUUUUUAUGAAAACAACAGAAUGUUCACCGAUGAGAGAAUCAAUGCUGCUCUCCAGAAGCUAUGAUCUUGAGCCCGUAAAAGUGUGGAUGUUUAAUAUGUGGAACUGGAAUGAAGUUAUUUAACACAGUAGCUGAUCUGAAAGAAGAAAAAAUAAUUAUAUGUUCACUGGUAUGUUAUACAUUAAAACGCUUUGUAAUCGUUACCAAUAGCAUGUACACAUAAUAUUGGCUAUUGAGGUCAGCCAAGUGUAUUAUUAAGAGGCAAAUGAAUGAAGAAAAAAGAAAGAAGUGAUUCUUGAUGAGGAAAACAAGGUCUAGUUAAAUUGUUUAUCUAGUUAGAAGCUCAUUUGUAUAUCUGUUGGUCGAAAGUAGAAGCUUAUGGUCCUACUCGAGCGAGACGGUGAUCUAAUUGAUACUAGUCCGGAGAAAAAUAAGAGAAAACAAACAUGAGUGCCUCAAAAUUCAACUUAUUAGUUUACUUUUUGUUGUUGAAUCACUAAUGAGAAUAUGGAGAUUAUGAGCUUUUACUUUCAAAGGAUGCUUUGGUUCUUUUUUAUUAUGAACAACUUUGAUUAUGAGCUUAUACC